AUGGGUCGCUUCAUUGUACAGUCUAUCCUGGCGUUGGCCAUGGCUGUUUCAGCCUUGCCUACUGAUAACUCGACGCAAUAUGUUGGCCCUGCGAAUGGUAACUUGGUAAUUGUUGGCGGCGGCACGUUGGACGAUUCUAUUCUCCAGAAAGUCAUUGAUCUUGCUGGAGGCAAUGACAGUUCUAUCGUCGUUAUUCCAACCGCCCAGGGUGAUCCAAGCUACGACCAGAACGCUGCCAAUGCGGAUGAUUUCCGUCGACUGGGAUCUAAGAGCGUUACUGUUCUCCAUACUUAUGAUCCCAAGGUUGCAAACACUGAGGAAUUUGUUCAGCCACUUCUUAACGCCACCGGUGUCUGGUUUGGAGGCGGCCGCCAGUGGCGUUUGGUUGACGCUUAUGCAGGAACGCUCACUGAACAAAAGAUCCGUGCCGUGCUAGAUGCCGGUGGCGUCAUUGGAGGGUCUUCCGCCGGAGCAUCGAUCCAAGGAGACUUCCUUGCCCGCGGCGAUACAAAGAGCAACAGCCUUAUCAUCGGAGACCAUCAGCAAGGCUUCGCUUAUGUGAAGAACGUGGCCAUCGACCAGCAUGUUCUCGUACGAAAUCGCCAAUUCGACAUGCUUAACGUUCUCAAAUACAAGCCUGGGAUUCUUGGUAUUGCCAUUAAUGAAAAUACGGCCGUUCAUGUAUCCAAGAACACGGCGGAGAUCUUCGGCGCUAGUUAUGCUAUCAUUUACGAUGGAACAUACUGGUCGCGAGAUGGCGGCGAUGCGAACCAAAUUCCGGACCCUUCAGGGCUAUUUUAUUUUGUGAGGGCGGGAGAUAUAUAUGACCUUGGGCUGCGCAAGGUGGUCCAUGCCUCUUAA